AUGGGUUCCAAAGCACAGCAACCCAUCGAGGCGUCGCGCAAGAAGCCCGAGUACGAGUUCUUUGGACCACCCGGCGCUGCCCUGAUCAGCUUCGUCCUCCCACCCCUCGUCUACGCCAUCACCUUUGCGUGUAACGAUCUGUCCGGCUGCCCAGCGCCUUCCCUCCUCCAUCCCAAAAACCUCGAUCUCAAUGUGUUGAAGCGCGAAGUUGGUUGGCCACAAGAUGGGUGGCCUGGUCUCUUCAGUUGGGAGGCCACAGGGUGGACCUUGGCUUUCUACCUCUUCAACGCCAUCCUGUACAGAAUCCUUCCCGCGACCGAGACCGAGGGCACAGUUUUGCGAAGUGGUGGCCGGUUGAAGUACAGAUUCAAUGCCUUCUCCACCACCAUGUUCUGCAUCGUUGCUGCCGCCGCCGGUACCAUCGCCCAGGGCGCCGAGUUCCCCCUUUGGACCUACAUCACCGACAACUAUGUGCAGAUUCUGACUGCCAACACACUCAUUGCCUAUGCGCUCGCCACUUUUGUCUACGUUCGCAGCUUCAGCGUCAAGCCUGGCAACCCCGAGAAUCGCGAGCUUGCUGCCGGUGGCGUUACUGGCAACAUGAUAUACGACUGGUACAUUGGGCGCGAGCUCAACCCACGCGUCACCCUCCCCUUCAUUGGCGAGAUCGACAUCAAGGAGUGGAUGGAGUUGCGCCCCGGCAUGCUGACCUACAUCUUGCUGAACGGGGCUUUCAUUGCGAAGCAGUACCGCAACUAUGGCUAUGUCACCGACAGCAUCGUCUUCGUGGCUGUCGUGCAGACACUUUACGUCUUGGACGGCCAGUACAUGGAGCCCGCCAUCAUGACGACUAUGGAUAUCACCACCGAUGGGUUUGGGUUCAUGCUUUCGUUUGGUGACCUUGUCUGGGUUCCAUUCAUCUACACCCAGCAGACACGUUACCUUGCCACCCACCCACAGACGCUGGGUCCUUUGGGACUUGCCGGUGUCGGUGCUUUGUUGGUGCUCGGCUUUGCCAUCUUCCGCCUGUCCAACAGCCAGAAGAAUGACUUCCGCACCAACCCCAAUGACCCCAAGCUGGCUCAUCUCAAGUAUAUGCCCACCAAGGCGGGCACUCGUCUGCUCAUCUCUGGCUGGUGGGGCAUUGCCAGACACAUCAACUACUUUGGUGACUGGCUUCAGGCUUGGCCCUACAGUUUGCCCACCGGGCUUGCCGGCUACACCAUCCUGUCUGCAGGAAGUGCUGCUGUGGAUGGCGCGACCAGGAUGCUUGACGGCCGCCAGGUUAUCCCCGGUGAGGCCAAGGGGUGGGGCAUCAUCUUCACCUACUUUUACGUCUUGUACUUUGCCAUUCUGUUGAUCCACCGUGACCGCAGAGACGACGAGAAGUGCGCCAAGAAGUAUGGCGAGGACUGGGAGAAGUACAAGAAGACUGUCAGAUGGAGGAUCAUUCCUUACAUUUACUGA